AAGAAAACAAGGCAUUUCUUGUAGGGAAAGCAAAAAAUGCAGAAGGCUUGGUUCUAUGAGGAGUACGGUCCUAAGGAAGUCCUCAAGUUAGGAGACUUUCCAAUUCCUACUCCCCAGCCUAAUGAGUUACUUGUUCAAGUUCGAGCCGCUGCUUUGAAUCCUAUAGAUUUCAAGAGGCGGAAUCGCCCCAUCUAUGUUUCAGAUUUUCCGGUAGUCCCUGGCUGUGACAUGGCAGGUGUAGUGGUAGCAAAGGGAAGUGAUGUUUCCAAAUUUGGUGUAGGUGACCAGGUUUAUGGUAACAUCCAAGAUUUUAAUGCAGAGGGAAAUCUGAAGCAGCUCGGGACCCUGGCAGAAUUCAUAGUCGUGGAGGAGACAUUGGUUGCCAAAAAGCCGGAAAACCUGUCAUUUGAAGAGGCUGCCAGCUUGCCUUUAGCAGUUCAGACUGCUAUUGAAGGCUUCAAAACUGCAGGUUUUAAGAAAGGGCAGACGGUUUUUAUAGUUGGUGGAGCUGGUGGUGUUGGAACCUUGGUUGUUCAGCUCGCUAAGAACUUGUUUGGGGCAUCUUACGUUGUGGCUACAACCAGUAGCCCAAAGGUUGAGUUUGUCAAAUCGUUGGGUGCUGAUGAAGUUGUGAACUACACCAAGACUAAAUAUGAUGAAAUUAAGGAGAAAUAUGAUUUCCUCUACGAUACAAUUGGUGAUUGCAAGAAUUCUUUUGUGGUAGCCAAGGAUGAAGCACCAAUAGUUGACAUAACAUGGCCUCCAUCCCAUCCCAGAGCAGUUUAUUCAAGCUUGACAGUUUCUGGGGAAGAUCUAGAGAAGCUCAGGCCAUAUUUAGAGAGUGGAAAGCUGAAGGCAGUUAUUGAUCCAACUGGUCCAUAUGAUUUUGCAGAUGUGAUUGAAGCUUUUCGGUAUUUAGAAACAGGAAGGGCAAGAGGAAAAGUUGUCAUCUCUCCUUUCCCUUCACAGCAUCUUCCUUUCUAUGAAAUCAAGGACAAUCUCAACAUCUUAAAAAUUCAGGACAAAGAGACUGUCUCAACUGGAAUUGUGAUUGAAGAAACAGACUUGAAGGGGGCUGAACCAGAGAACAAGGAGCAUAUUCAAAAUUAUGAUAUUGCCCCUGAAGAGAAGGUUCUGGCAAGCAAUGUAGAUAUUGAAAUACCACAAGAAAAAAAAUCAAUCUUGGAAGAACAUGGGGAGAAGGUGAUCCCAGUGGUAGCCGGUGAAAGUGGAGAAAAAAUAGCACAUGCUUAUAAGAAAUUCGAAGCCAGCAUAUCAGAUGCUAAAGUGGUAAAAACAGCAACUGAAUUGAAAGCAGAAAACACCGAGAUGGGUAUUUAGAAACAGGAAGGGCCAGAGGAAAAGUUGUCAUCUCUCCUUUCCCUUCACAGCUUCUUCCUUUAUAUGAAAGCAAGGACAAUCUCAACAUCUUACUAAGUGGCCUUAGCUGAAGAUAUACCAUGAUGCAGUACUACUUGGUUAUUGUACCGUACUACUAGUCCCCAGUGUCUGGUUUUCUAGCACACCAACCAUCACCUACUUUAAGUACAGGCUGCACAAAACAAGUUAAGCAUCGUAUUGAAACGUAUAAGUGCAUAUACAUAAUAUGCAAGCAGGUGGAGCGAAUUUUGUUUUGUUAGAAAAUGCGCUUGAUAGCAUUGUUGGGCUUGCUUGCAGUUUCCAAACUCAAUUUGAAUAUAAUCUGCGACCAAUAAUACUAUUAUUAUUUUAAUUAAA